AUGGCUGAAGUAGAUCACAGGCGCCAAUCGGGCGGGCACAGGCACAGUGGCAACUUCAACCACAAACGGAAGAGAGGACGAGAGGACGAUGACUUCGAGCACGGCCACCCUCGACAUCGCCAGCGGCAUCAAGAGCCUCCACCAGGAACACGAAUUCGCCGCAGUCUGCUAGAAAUUGCAGAAGACCCCCUACGUCUGCCCCACGAAGUUGCGCAGCAUGUCGCGAAGCUGACUGCCGACAAUUACGAAGAUGAGUAUGUGCGCGACACGUUCUCCACCGUCGCUUUGAAGCUGGUCGUGGAGCAACCCUUCAAGAUUCCUUACGUGGCGGGUGUGGUACUCUAUGCAAACGAGCAUAACGCAGAUAUCGCAAAGGAUGUGGUUGCGAAGGCUGGUGUCCAUCUGCAGGAGCAAAUUGAUGCUGGCAAUUGGCGGGACUUGAAGCUCAUGCUAAGGUUCUUCGCGUGCUUGAGCCAGCUGUAUGAGACAGAUGGCAUCCUACCAAUUUUGGACGAGCUUUUCAACCGCGCGGUUGAUCUACAGACAGCGUCACCAGAGGACACUGUUGGGCCCGAGCUGGUUAAGAUCAUCUUAUUUACUAUUCCGUAUCUACUGGCAUUUGGUGGCGACUCUUCGCUACGAGAUGCGGUAAGCGAGCUGCUGGCCAAGACGGACAUUGUCGCAUCUGCCCCGAACCCACUCGAGCCGCUGGUGGACCCGUACCCAGAGGUUGGCAGCGACGAGGAGAAGCCAAUGGCUUGUGCCAGCACUAUCUCCCUGCUUCAGCGUCAGCUCACCGACGAAGCGGCUAAUGGCUGGCCGCUGAAGUGCAUUCCUCGUGUGUACGAUCCAUCGCUGAGAACUACAGCUGCGAGCGGCGAGAGCGCCGCAGUCAACGGUAAUGGUAGCACGGAACCUGCGAAGCAUAUGUUUCCGAGCAUCAACAUACCGACACCCAUCAAUCCAGGCCCUAACCCACUUUUCCCGGAAAUAUACUUCUCCCUUUACGCCGACCAAGAGAUCCAGUCUGUGCCACCGACCACCAGUAUCGAGGCCUGCUUAAUACGCGAUGUGAUUCUGGACACCAUCAACAUUCUUGACUUCAACCGCAAUGCAACCGCACGCUUCUUGAACGAGAUCGACUGCUUCUGGGCACCUGAUACCUUCGUCAAACGCGCCACAGCCUUCGACAAGCUGCGAGACGCGUCCCCAGACAAGCCGACAUGGAAGCCGGAAGAUGUCACCAUUGAUGCCAUCUUCUCCCAGAUCUUUCAACUUCCCAUGCCUGAGCACAGGCUUGUGUACUACCACUCCCUAAUCACAGAGUCAUGCAAGAUAUCACCUGGUGCCAUCGCACCAAGUCUUGGAAGGGCGAUACGUUUCCUUUUUCGCAAUGUUGACUUCAUGGACAUGGAACUUGCAUACCGCUUCAUGGACUGGUUUGCACACCAUCUCAGCAACUUCGAGUUUAGGUGGAAAUGGGCUGAAUGGAUUCCAGAGCUAGGGUUGUCAGAUCUGCAUCCAAAGAAAGCCUUCAUCAUCGGCAUACUAGAAAAGGAGAUCCAGCUUUCCUUUGCCAAACGCGUCCGUGAUACACUCCCCACAGAGUACCACGCACUUGUCCCGCAAAGCAAGGAGAACGAGGUACCGAACUACAAGUACAACUCUGAUGUUACGCCGUACGCCGAGGCGGGACGCGAAGUGCUUCAUCUGUUGAAGAAGAAAGCGCCGGAAACCGACAUUCAAGCUGCGCUGAAUGCUGUCCACGAGCAAGCUCGCGGCCAUGGCGUCACUGACCCUUUGGUGCCAAGCACCGACAUAUACAUGACCGCCAUCCUGUCCAUCGGCUCCAAGUCGCUCUCGCACGUGCUCUCUACUAUCGACCGCUGCAAGGAACGAUUACUAGCGGUUGGGUCUCAGUCUGAGAUGGCUCGUCGCCAGAUCAUCAGCUCGGUCGUGGAGUUCUGGGCCGAGCAUCCUGGCACCGCGGUCAAUAUUGUGGACAAACUGCUCAACUACACCAUUGUAACCCCCAUGUCUGUUAUCCAGUGGGCGUUGCAAGACCACAUCGACCGCGGCAGAGCAUUGGCAAACAGCCAGAUCUACGAGCUUAUCUCUAUCACGAUGUUCAAGGUCACCAACCGCGUCCGUCAAGUCGUCCGUGAGCGCAAUAAUAUGGCGUUACCGUUCGAGCAAAGGCAGCAGAUUGACGAGGCGCUUCCGCGGGAGAGACAAGGGAUGAGGGAUCUAUUUGCGGCGAUCGAGGAUGCGGUCGCUGGGAUUGCUGCAGGAGCGCAAGACGAAAUGAUUGAGAGGUAUGAUAAUGGCAGCAGCGAGGAGAACGCGAUCAAGACGUGGGGUCAAAGGUGGGCUAGGGUGUGGAGGAGGAAAGCUGCCGUUGAGGAGGCCGUAGUUGGUGAAAGUGCGAUCGGAGCAUUGGAAGCAGCACCUACACCGGAAGAGUCUGCGCCCAUGGUAGAGCCCGAGAUCGAUGACAUGGACCAGGUCGCUUGA